ACUGAAAGGCCCUGCCAUGCCGUGUCCACUCCUUCACUCUCUCCCCUUCUGGCACUGGCACUUGCCCGCCGUCCAUCCAGCAUCCGUCGUCUCCCAGUGUGAAUGCACUUGCCCGGCACUGCUCUGCAUCCGCCGUUCAUCCACCUGUACCCGAGCUUUCACGAUCUGUCUCUUUCUCCCAUUAUCAGGCCCAGUAGCAGAGUCGCCAUCUAGUAGUAGCAGUUAGUGGCGCGACCAUGCCCCGGAAUACGGAGAGAGAACUCUGGCUUGGGCUCCUCUGUUCCGCGGCAGCUGUUCGCUCUGCCCUCCCACAGCGUCCCAGAUAAACCCAACCAGGCCCAUCUGCCUUCGACAAAAUGUAGUCUGUCUAUCCCCCUCGCCUGCCUCUCUGCCUCCUCGGUUUCUGUAGUUAAAGCACCCUCAAAACCAGAGUUGCGCUGCGGCUUCUGCCUCUUGCGAAGAGCUUGUCGAUCAUCGCAUUAUCUUCAGCCGUACCGCCAGAACCAGGCAACGUUAUCAGCCGUGCAUCCCCCGAAAAGGCCGGGCAGCCGUGGGAAACUUCUGCUGCACCAUCUUUUUCUCACCCCUUCACAACUUUCGACUUCACCUAUUUUUUCUCUUCACCAGCGCAACAACCUUCGUGCACGCCAAAUUCUGAGUAUUCGUCGGCGAUUGCAUCUCGAAUCGUCGAAAUCCCGCUCCGCAGAUUGGUACUUGUUCCUGUUGCCAAGGUCGACUCUGCGAUAUCUUGGCUCUUCCGCGACUCGAACGAGUGCUUGGCGAAGUCACCGCGUCAAUCGCUGCGAUGUCUGAACUCGCCGAGACCAGCACUGCUGGCAACAAUGACAAUAACAACUCGAACAACAACGCCCCCAACUCUCCCAAUCCUACCGUCGAAGCCGCCGCUGCCGCCGCUGCUGCUGCUGCGGCCGCAGCCGUCGCCGCCUCGACACCAAAUCCUUCGACUUCUCAGGAUGUGCUUCAACAGCAAGGUCAAUUCCAGCAAAGCCAGCAGCAGCAACCGCUGGUCCAGAACCAGCCUGCGCCGAGUGUCAAUUCAGCUGGAGAAAAUUUGCAAUGCCAAUGGGUAGGAUGUGGCGAGCGUUGCAGCACUCCAGAAGCCCUCUAUGAACACGUCUGCGAGCGGCACGUUGGCCGCAAGUCUACCAACAACCUCAACUUGACUUGCGCCUGGGGCACCUGUCGGACGACCACCGUCAAGCGAGACCAUAUCACCUCCCACAUCCGUGUCCAUGUUCCCUUGAAACCACACAAAUGUGAGUUCUGUGGGAAGGCCUUCAAGCGCCCGCAGGACCUUAAGAAACAUGUCAAGACACACGCGGAUGACAGCGUCAUCAUGCGCUCUCCCAAUCUUGAACCCAAUGGCGGGCGUCAACACCAAAACGGUCUGCCUCAAGGUGGCGACUAUGCCUCAUACUAUGGCCAUGGUCUGACAGGACAAGUCGCUCAAAGCUACUACGCUCCUGCGAUGCCUGGGCCUCAAGACUAUACUGGUCAACAUCACCAUAACCAGUAUUACCAGCCGCAUCCACCUGUUUCCUCAGGGCAUCCCGGUUACGGCCCGGUGACUUACUACAGCACCGCCAGUACCACCAGUCCUUAUGAUUAUGAGGCUCGCAAACGCGGGUAUGAUGCUCUUGAUCAUUUCUUUGGCCAGGUCAAACGCAGAGAGUUGGACCCGAUCAACUUCCACAACAUCAGCCGCCGUCUUUUUGAGCUCCAAGGUCUUCAGCUUCCCCAGAUCAUUCCCUCCAGCGUCCCGGCGCCCGCUUAUCAGCCGGUUUCUGUGGGUGGAGCCUACGAAGCGGCUGAUCCUAUCCAAGCCUACAGCUUGCCUCCCAUGGGAAAUGCAAAGACUCGCGAAGAUUUGACCUCGAUCGACCAGAUCCUGGAGCAGAUGCAAGCCACCAUUUAUGAGAACGAUACUCACCUGGGUUCGGCGAAUGUUGGCCAGAGUGGUUCAGGCUACGUUGCCUACCGCACAAGCAACAGCCCGCCCAGCACAAGCCAGCAGCCGUCCACGGCCGCGCAGACGAAUCCGACUGCCUUGCUCCAAAAUCAGACUCAAUCCAAUGUUGCCAGCAACACCGACGCUAGCACUCCAGGCCUCACUCCUCCAUCGUCGGCACAGAGCUACACCUCUGGUCACAGCCCGUUACAAGGCCAUACUGCCCCCUCCGGUAACGGCCUGUAUCCCAAUCUGCCAUCCAGUGCCAGUGACAUGGCUUAUGCUGCGGCCAACGCCGCCACUCUCAGUGGAAUUUAUGAUCAGGAAGAGCGUCGCCGUUAUAGCGGUGGCAUGCUUCAACGAGCCGCUCCUGCCAAGGUCAAGGAUGAAAUGGACAUCACUAGCGACGGGUCUGUUACUCCACCUGCCUCGGCACUGAACCAGCAAAACAAGGACAAGAAGUCGGCGUCUCCUCAAGAAAACGUCAUCGACCCUGCUCUUGCAGCAGAGGCCGCCAGCACUCCCAAGAGCGACCCCAGAGAUGCCGAUCAAGAACAAGUCUGGGUUCAGAACAUGCGACUCAUCGAAUGGAUGCGGGAGUUUAUCAAGAAGAAACUCCAGAGCGGCGACUAUGAGGAGGAAAACGGUCACGGAGGUUCUCCUCACCAUGGCGGUCAGCUUGACCAUGACAUGAGCGGGACCAGUGACCAAAAACAUGACAAGUCAGAAGAGGAGCAACUCUAUCCUGUCCUGCGACAUGUGGAAGAGAGCGCAUAGUAUGCGCUUCGCUACUGUCAUGAGCUGGAGAACAGAGGCGUGGAGGUUAAGUCUUAGUAGACUGUCCUUGCUCCUACGAAUACCUGGUGUCGAUUUCGAAUUUGGUUUGCUUCUCCGAACGCCGGUCAGAGGCGUCAUAUCAAAUUAAAAAAAAAUCUGUGGCGCUCCAACUGGAACAGCAUGAAAAGGGGUUUCAUCAUUACCGCCUGACUUAAUGGGAGAGGAUCAAAGGUGUUUUAAUCCACGGAGUGGGAUGGGCCGGGCUGGCGCAGAGGUUAUCUUUUUCGUUUCUUGGCUUUAUCGUGUGUCGAUUGUUCCUGUUUUCAACACGGGAACCCGUUCUCCCACGGGGUUGAAGGUUGUUUGUUUAAAAGGAGGCUCAUUCUUGACAUGGAUGAUAUGAUACGGUAGGCAGUGGCGUGAUGUGUUUUAGCACUGCUGGAACAAGCUGUAUCGUGAGCUUGAGAAUAGAGACGGUCUGUAAGGGACGACAAAUUUGACGUUCUUCGCUUCUUCGA